CUGAGGUGAUUUAUACACAUAAACUAUUUCAUCUAAAUAAAAGAAGCAGAAAGAUAAAGAAAAAUGGCCAGGAUUGCAAAUGGUGUUGGAAUCGUUGGUCUUUUAAUAAUUUUCAUGUUGAUUUGGGGAGGAAUGCCAAAAGGAAAUGCUAAACAUUAUGAUCCUUAUUGUCGGAAGAUACCCAGCGUAUUAGCGGCACCUGGGAACUGCUUUAAAAAAAAUGGUAACGCAUUAUGUAAAGAGUCUUGCGUCAAUGAAAAAUUUCUGCAUGGCGCAUGUCUACAUCUACCGAAGCCACAGUCAAAACUCACAUGCCACUGCUGGCUUAAGGAUGCUAAAUUUUGUCCUUAAGCCUAAUCCUUCCAAACCUCGCGUCAAUAUAUUGAUACUAAGGGGAAUCUCAUCAACUUGCAUGCUUCUUAAUAUCGAUAACUGUAUUUUCUGUUUUGUUUUUUUAAUGAAUUGAAUAAUUCACUAUAAUAAAAAGGUGUUUUGCAUCUUA